AGUUCAAACAUUCUAUUUGAUGACAUUACAUUCAACAAGAGAUUAAAUGAUUAGAAGAUAAUCAAAAUAAUUGAAAAUUAUUGUUAUCAAGAUACGAUACCUAAAUUUUCAUCUGAUAUUGUAAAAGUUUCUACAAUUCAGGUCAGUCGUAUUUAAACAAUACUGUGAUGGAAGUGCCUCAAGAUUUAGUUAAAAUAUUUGACUUUAUAAGCCAACACCACCUAACUUGUGUGGCAAGGCUAAGGGAGGCUGUCUCCAUACCUUCCGUAUCAGCAUGGCCUGAAAAGCGAAAGGAUGUUGACAGAAUGGUCAACUGGACAAAAGAUCGUCUUGUUGCAUUGGGAGUUGAGGUGGACCUCAGAGAUGUUGGUAUGCAACAUAUUCCUGGUCAGGGUGAAAUACCAUUACCGAAGGUUCUUCUUGGAGUUUUGGGAAAAGACCCAAAAAAGAAGACAGUCCUCAUUUAUGGACAUUUAGAUGUCCAACCUGCCGCUAAGGAAGAUGGUUGGAAUACUGAUCCCUUUACUUUGGUUGAAAAAGAUGGAAAAUUUUUUGGUAGAGGUUCAAGUGAUGAUAAGGGCCCUGUAAUAUGCUGGAUUAAUGCGAUUGAAGCCUUCCAAAAGAAUGAAAUUGAAAUUCCUGUCAAUAUCAAAUUUGUAUUCGAGGGAAUGGAAGAAAUGGGCAGUGAAGGUUUAGAACCCUUAUUGCUUUCAGAAAAAGACAAAUUUUUGAAAGAUGUUGAUUUUGUCUGUAUUUCUGAUAAUUAUUGGUUAGGAACAGAUAAGCCUUGCAUAACUUAUGGUUUGAGAGGACUCUGCUACUUCUAUUUGGAAAUUGAAGGUGCAGAAAAAGAUCUCCAUAGUGGGAUAUUUGGUGGCACUGUAGCAGAAGCAAUGACAGAUCUUGUAUAUCUCCUCAAUACCCUUGUUGAUGAAACUGGGAAAAUUUUGAUCCCAGGUAUAUAUGAAGACGUUGCUGAAAUUCAAGAAGAAGAAACAGCUGCUUAUGACAAAAUUGCCUUUGAUUUAAAAAGCUACAGGGAAAAUAUUGGGUGUCAAGCACUUCUACAUGAGGAUAAAUCAAAAUUGCUUAUGCACAGAUGGCGUUUUCCAUCCUUAUCCAUUCAUGGUAUUGAAGGAGCUUUUGCUGAGCCAGGACAAAAAACUGUAAUUCCAGCUAAAGUAACUGGAAAAUUUUCCAUUAGAAUUGUGCCUAAUCAAACUCCUGAUAAAGUGGAGAAACAUGUUAUUAACCAUAUUGAAAAUAAAUGGAAACAAAGGAACAGCCCCAACAAGAUGAAGGUAAUAUUGAAUGGAGGAGGUUCUCCUUGGAGUGAAGAUUUCAAACAUCCUCAUUAUCAAGCUGGAGUAAAGGCAACUCAGUAUGUCUAUAAUGUUGAACCAGACCUUAUCAGGGAGGGAGGGUCUAUUCCAAUUACUCUCACAUUCCAGGAAGCUACAGGGAAGAAUGUAUUGCUAUUACCUGUAGGAGCUGGAGAUGAUGGUGCACAUAGUCAAAAUGAAAAAAUUGACCGAAGAAAUUAUAUUGAAGGAUCGAAAUUGUUGGCAGCAUAUCUCUAUGAAGUUGGUCGAAUUGAAUGAACCGAUAUAUAUCCUACAUAAAAUAUUGUAUCAAAUUUUCCUUUUUCUAUAUUUUCAUUGUAACUCAAUAUAAUCCAGAUACUUUGUGAGUUUGAAGAAAAUAAAUUAGUUUCAAUAAUA